AUGGACUCGAGUAACUGCACGAACGGCACUUGCAGCAAGUGUCUCUACAGCAUCAAUAUAUCUCCGUUCAUCCUCGAUAUCAUCUCCAUUCUUAUUGGUUCGGGAAACACGAAAUUGUCUCGCUUCCCAAAACAUUAUGAACUCAAAAAUCUUGAGAAUUAAUAUGAAAAUUUCCAGCCUUUCUGAUUGGUUUAUGUGUAUUGGUUCAGUACAUUAGAGUCGAAAAAGACCGGAAAAAGGUGAGGCGACAAAAAAUGAUAAGCUCUCGAUCUCCUUGCAGAAUUAUUAUGCAAAAAUAGAUACGGUGCACCAAGAAAGUCAGCAAGAAAAAGACGACCGCGACGCUUACGCCUUCGGAGUCACUAAUGACACGGUCUUUUAAAGAAAAAAAUAUGUGAACUUUCAGCUUUUUCAGUAUUACAUACAGCAAAGUCCUUUGGCGGGCAGCACCAACUUUCGGAUUCUCCAGAAGAGAAAUCGACGCGCCCAGCCACUCCGGCUCACUCCUGUGUCGAAGUUUUCUCAAUUUGAGAGUUCGAGAUCGCAGUUGUUGCUAGGUCAGUCUCAAAACGUCAGAGCACCCAACGCAAGACGCCUGGAUUCUCUACAACCAUGUGCCACAUCCAAGUCAUCACUGACAAGACAAAUCGCGCUUUUGAGGUGAUUCCCCUUCCAGAAAUCCUUGAAUAACUAUCACUCCAGCUAGUCGACAUAAUCAAUUCCACAGAGCUUCCACCAAACUCCGGAACGGACGCCGAACGUGCCUAUUUCGCUUUGGAUUUGAUAAAAAAGCGGCUCGAGACUGUAAAAACUUGAUUCAGAAGCGAUUUCCUUUCAAAAAAGCAUUUAGAUGACCGAAGAAAAGUUUGUCGUGCACGGACUUCUUGACGACGUCUGGCUAGUGCGUGGGGCGGACGAAAACUUUCCAGAAGCCAGCGAACUCCAUCUUAAGGUUUUUUUUUUCCUGAUGACCAGUAAUAUAGUACACAACACUAUCGGAACUUUCAAUGCAACUUUUAUACAGAAAAUAUGAGACUACGAUAUCCUACUGUAUUUUUAAAUUACUUUAGAACUUGUUCUGGCGACCAGGAAGGUCAGAGAAGAAGUUUGUAGUCAAUAUUUGCAGAAGCUUUAAUAAAAGUUGUACUUCGAAAAAAAAAUUAUGCGUAAAAAGGGACUCCAAUUAGAAAAAAAAACUCAUUUCAUGAAGCAAUGGUUCAACAGACUGACUUUUUUAAUCUUUGAAAAUUCACUCACAGAAUGAAUUUCAAACUAUUUUUUGAACUUGAACAUGAUUAUCUCUCUGAUAUUAGUUCAUGCCUCUGAUUAGUUUUGUGAACCGUCCAAGUAAGAUAGAAAUUUUCUUUUCCUUCACUUCAAAAGUUCACUUUUCAGCUCCGAAUCGAGAUGACGGCCCCGGUGCAAAUGCAAAUCACAGCCUUCUCGGUUCACGUCGAGGCCGAGGAGCCGACGCCUCUUUUCACACCGUAACUCAAAAGUUCAUGUUUUCUUUACUAAACCUCAAUUUCCAGAACAGCGUCAAUAGUUUCAAAAGAAGUCUCCAAAACUCCUAACACUUUGAUGGUUACAUUUGUUUCAAGACGAAUUCAAAUUUGCUUUAGCGGGCAAAAACUAUCGAAGAACUUCACGCCAAGACUUUCGACGACAACUUGAAUUUGAGAGAAAAGCUUUUGAACGCCGAGGACCGACAAAGGCUUAUCGGACUCACCAAAUUAGAAAAAUCCGCGACUCCGGUCAAAAUUUUUGGAGGAAAGACAACUUCCACUAUUACUGUGCGUCCUAGAAAACUUUUGGGCAGAAUUGAAAUUAUUUCAAAUUUUCCAUUCGAUCAAUGAGACGGUUCAGAAGAAAUCUAAAAAGAAACGAACUUUUUCCGAAGCGCCGACUCAGCAAACGACUCAGCCGCAACCAAACCCUCUCGUUCUUUCUGUUGAGGUUCACCUUUCAGGAAAUUCCUUCCGGGUUUUUACUCAUUUUAACAUUACAGAAGCCAAAUCUAAGUCCGAGAAUGUCUCGAGAAUCUACGAAAAAGCCCAUUCCGGAGCCUUUUUCGUUGCGUCCUAGUUUCCAAAACCACACUCCAGUGAACUAAAGUAGCAAGAAAAGAUUAUAAUUCUGAUUCUCAGAGAACCAGUGGUAAGACGCAACUUUCGACGACAAAACGUGCUGAUUCUCCUCAGCGCACAAAUAAAACGGAUCCUAGAAAAGUAAAAUCAGCCCAAAAUACAUUAACCACUGUUCUCAAUUUCAGAAUAACGCUAAGAAGACGUUGAAAAACGAAGCUUCGGAAAAAGAAAAGAGAAAAGAAAGUUCCUCGAAGGAGCCUGGUCUUCCUACCUGA